GGGGCUGGGAUAGGGCGGUACGGGGCGGGGUAGGGCGGUCCCAGCUGCAGCCAGGAGCGCAGCCUGGAGCGCAGCCUGGCUCCGCGCCUCCUGCCUCUCUGGGGCCCGGCCAGGCGCUGCUAGAAAUAGCAGGAGCCGGGUGCCGAGUCGCGGAUUUUCUCCGCGUGUAACUAGGCUCGGUGCCCAGCCGCGGGAUCCGGCAGGAGGGAUAGGGAGUUUGGGAGAUCGGAGGUUAGGAGCAUCAGGGACACGGAGGCGCUCCUCACCUGGUUUCUGUGUCCCUCCUGGAGAAGUUUGCUUCGUCGAAAGCCUUUCCGUGCUGCUGGGAACAGCCGCUGGCCAGUGUUGUGGCGAGGGAAGCUUUAAGCCCGGGCUCUGGUCCUUUCGGGGAGGACGACGGCCCGGGCAGAGCUUCAAGCACAGGUUCCAGGUGAAAAUGGUCCAGAAAUAUCAGUCUCCAGUUCGAGUCUACAAAUACCCCUUUGAGCUGGUCAUGGCGGCCUAUGAAAAACGUUUUCCAACCUGCCCCCAGAUACCUGUCUUCUUGGGCAGUGAGAUCAUUCAUGAGUCCAAGAGCCAGGAUGGAUCCAUUCACAUUGUAGAGCGCAGUUGCAAAUUGACUGUUGACGCACCACGGUUACUGAAGAAGAUUGCUGGGGUUGAAUAUGUUAUCUUUGUGCAGAAAAAUGUUUUAAACCGAAAGGAUCGAACUCUUCUUAUUGAAGCCCACAAUGAGACAUUUGCCAAUCGAGUCAUUGUUCAUGAGAACUGCAGCUACACUGUUCACCCUGAGAAUGACGAGUGGACCUGCUUCGAGCAGUCUGCCUCUCUCGACAUCAAAUCAUUCUUUGGCUUUGAAAAUGCUGUGGAGAAAAUUGCAAUGAAACAGUACACAGCUAACAUCAAGAGGGGGAAGGAAGUGAUUGAGUAUUAUCUGAAUGAGCUGAUAUCCCAGGGUAUCUCCCACAUCCCUCGAUGGACACCUUCUCCUGUUAGAGAAGAAGAUCAGAGGAGCCUGGCAGCUGACAAGCUGGACACGGACUACAUUGAGCGGUAUUUGGGGCAGCUCACUCCCAUGCAGGAGAGCUGCUUGAUCAGACUCCGCCAGUGGUUACAGGAGACACAUAAAGGAAAGAUUCCCAAAGAUGAGCACAUUCUUCGAUUCUUGAGGGCUCGAGACUUUCACUUUGACAAGGCCAAGGAGAUGCUGUGCCAGUCCUUGAGCUGGCGAAAGCAACACCAAGUAGACUACAUUCUUCAGACAUGGAGACCUCCACCCCUGCUGGAGGAGUUCUAUGCAGGUGGCUGGCACUACCAGGAUAGAGAUGGCCGUCCUCUCUAUAUCCUGCGUCUUGGCCAAAUGGAUACCAAGGGUUUGAUGAAGGCAGUGGGAGAGGAGGCACUCCUUCGACAUAUUCUUUCAGUUAAUGAAGAGGGACAGAAAAGAUGUGAAGAGAAUACAAAUCAGCUUGGCCGCCCCAUAAGUUCCUGGACGUGCCUUGUGGAUCUAGAAGGGCUGAAUAUGAGGCACCUCUGGCGACCUGGGGUGAAAGCCUUAUUGCGAAUGAUUGAAGUGGUUGAAGACAAUUACCCAGAGACACUAGGACGGCUGCUCAUCGUGCGGGCCCCACGUGUUUUUCCUGUGCUGUGGACACUGGUGAGCCCUUUUAUCAAUGAGAACACGAGGCAGAAAUUCCUCAUCUACAGUGGCAGCAACUACCAGGGCUCUGGAGGACUUGUUGACUAUCUGAAUAAAGAUGUAAUUCCAGACUUCCUAGGAGGAGAAUGUUUGUGCAGUGUCCCUGAAGGGGGCAUCAUCCCAAAGGCCCUCUAUCAGAUUGAAGAAGAUCAAGAGAAUGCGGAUAGAGUCCAACUAUGGACUGAAACUGUCUACCAGUCUGCAAGUGUGCUCCAAGGGGCCCCCCAUGAGAUAGCAGUGGAGAUUCUGGAGGUUGAGUCCGUGAUCACCUGGGACUUUGACAUCCUGAGGGGAGAUGUGGUAUUCAACCUCUUUCACUCCAAGCAAGCACCUGUACCAAGUCCCAGGGAGCCCAAGGCUGGGAGCAGUGUGCAGCUCAUUGACCAAAACUGGGUGCUGGGAGUGGAUUACAGCCGUGUGGAGUCUCCCCUGCUCUGCCGGGAAGGUGAAAGCAUUCAGGGCUCCCAUGUGACUCGUUGGCCAGGUUUCUACCUGCUUCAGUGGAAGAUGGCCACUCCGUUAGCCUGUGCGGCCAGCAGCCUCCCUCGAAUGGAUGAUGCUCUGAUGUCUGUGCAGAGCCCAGGGCACAAGUGUAAACUCCUGUACUACUACGAGGUCCUUGCAUCUGUAGACUUCAGGGGAUCCAUGUCCAGUCUGGAGUCCUGUACCAGUGGUUUCUCACAGCUCAGUGCCACCACAACUUCUUCCAACCAGUCCCAGAGUGGCUCCCUCAUCUCCAGAUAGCCGGGUCUGAGCCAUGUUGGGGAUCCUGCUGUACUCCGGCGCCUGGAAGUGUCCAGAGCCAGAAAUCCUGCCCAAGCUGAGGGCCAAGACCAUAAGGACUGGUGGCCUGGGUUCAGACACUGCCGGAGAUGGUGACUCUUUGGAGUCUACCAUGAUAAUCAGCUCAUGUUUUUGGUUUUAUAAUAGGUGCAUCUGAGUUUGUAGCAGAUGCUUCAUUAACAGGACCUAACAAUUCUAACCUAGCCAUUUUGUGUGAGCCCGUUCUAGUCUCCACUGCUUUCCUCGUCUUCCACUUCUCCAAUCUGGAUCUGUGAAUUCAUUAAUAUAGGGAGUUCCUAGAAGGGACGCUUCCUCCACUGAUGCACAUCAGAAUUCUUAGAGGGUUACCUGGAGGCAUUAAAAAGUUGAGUAACUUGCCCUAGUAUGUGUCAGAGGCAGGACUCAAACGUAGGUCUUCCUGACUACUCCAAGACUGGCAUUCUCUCUCCACCUAUCCCAUGCUCCUUUUCAUUCCCAUCUAUAAACUCAUUCCCAUCUAUAGUCUUCCAGUGGCGAGUUUGGAGUUAGCUAUGUGAGGAUGGGUCUCAACAAGACUAGACUUGAGAAGAUAUCUUCUUUUGUAUGAAGAAUGACACCUAGAGGCCAGGUUCACUUUUCUGUCACCCUAGGAGUUCUUAUUUUCUCUAGAAUAAAACCAAGUGGACCUAGGUUCCCAAACCAAAAUAUGGCACCAGCUCUUCCCUAGAGCAAAUCUGAUUCCAGAGUUGGCUCUAGAACUGAUCUGGUCUUUUGAGGGUCCCUAGGAGAUAAUUUCUAAACCAGAGGGAAAUCAUCUCCUUCCUUUAAGUGAAAUAAAAUAAGGUACCAGAAGAAUGGACUCACCAAAUUCACUUCCUUAUCAAUCCAUAUUUUGCCUUGGGGUAGUGUGGGUAGGGAUGGGGAUAAGGUUGGAGAGAGAAUAUAUUACUUAUCCAUUGGAACUUAUUCACUGGAAGAUAAGUUUUUCCUGUAUAGCCAUAGCCUUACUGAGCCUUUUCCAAGUGGUGGUAUAUGUGAUAAUUGGAAUUGUACAGACUGCAAAUAUAUCCACCUCAAUGUAGGAACUGCAUUCCGGGGCGUGGAGCACGAGGACUUCCAGACUAAUUCAAAAACCUGGAGAAGAGGGGGAACUGUCUGUCCUUCCUAGAGCAUCCUUUCUCACACCUGUCCUGCAGAGAGCUGGGCUGCCCAGUGAUCCCUGGGCCUUUGACGAUGAGUACCUGUUGGCUCUUCUCUUUCCUUCUCAGGUAUAUGAGCAAUAAGUCGUGUCAAAGGGCUAAAGAAAAGCAGAUAUCUUUUCCUGAAAUUCUUAAGGUACAUUUUUGUACUUCAGAGCCUACCUCUCUUGGAGAGCUGCUCUAUGUGUAUGUUGUAUGUAUGUGUGUGUGUAUGUGUGUGUGUGUGCGGGCACUUAUGUGUGUGUGGGAUUGGAAGGAAAAGCUUCUUAAAACUUUUUAAUCCCAAGAUUUAUUUAUUAUUGAGAAUGGACUGCAUGUUGUAAAAUAUAUUUGAACAUAUUUAUUUCUAUUUUGAUUAAAAACUAUUAAGUUAUGAACAUACCUAUCUUUUGGAAUAAGCUGACUUUUAAAAAUAUUCACAGAAUUUUGAAAAUCUAAUGCAACACUCAGGAGGAUCAGGUCUCUGCUUCUAGCUCCACUUUUCUCAAGGAACAAAAGGACAAUUUAGUGCUUCUUCCUUCUAUUAAGACAUACAUCCUUGAUUCUCCAUGGCAUCUUAGCCCAGAGAUGGUCUAAGCUGUCUUGGCAAGCCCUAUGAGAGGUACUGUGUCACCACAGAGUGUGAAAGGGGAGCAUCUUAUUCUCUUGCAAUAUCAGAGACAGGAUCUUGUGAAUGUGAAAGGUGAAUGAUUAUGUUAGACGAAAGUUAACUUGAGUGUGAAUGGAUGAAUAAAAUCCCUCUUUAAACGGGAUUAUGAAUACUUUGUGGCAAGGCAGGAGGGGGAAAACAGGGAAGGUGAAUGUGUUUUUGGAAUUAGGGCACAAAGACUCUCUUCAGGUUCACUUCAUUGGGUGGUUUUGGCUCUGUACUCCAGAGAAGUAUGUUUGACACAAAGUGACCUAGUAGAAGGACUGAGAAUUCAGGCUACCUCGACUUUGUUCCUCUUCUUGGUGAUAGCCAAUGAAAGCUGUAAUGGCAGGAGGGCUUGGAUGGCACAGGUGGUGCUUUCCAUCCAUACCAAGAGCUCUCCAAGGCCAAUACCCACAAUCUGAUCACAACGGGUGGGUACAUCCUUUCACUUUGGGGAAACUACAAUAUCAAAGCUCAGGGGCUGUUUAAAUAAAAGAAUCCCAGACUUCUGCUUUCCAAGAUUGCUUUUGCUCUGAGGGAGCUGCAACAGUCAUUGGGAUGAACUUUUUUUUUUUCAUCAUCACAUCCAUUGGCCCACAGGAAUCAGGGCUGAAGACACUAAAAGAGGCUGUUAAUAAAAGCACUUUGUAUUUCUAACACUUUGCACUUCUAAUGCUUUUCAUCCAAAGAUUAGAUGGCAUUUCUCCAGUGUACUCACCACUUUGUUCCUGGGGCAGAGGUGUGCUGAGGCACAGAGCACCAGAGCACUGGAUCCAGAGAAAACCAGGAACUCAGCCAGGGACUAGGAUAAUGUUUUCCUUGGAAUUUUUAAUUAUGAGAAAUACUGUAAUGUCUUGGCUGGACAUAUCAUUUCCAUACUCCCCCACCCGCUUUGAGAUAUCUUUAAUCUCCUUUCCCUUUUCCGAUCCAGCAGGAAAACCAACAAAGACAUUUUUUCCUCCUCUAGUUGAGAGCAUUUCCUUCUAUAAACCACCUACAGAUUGAAAGUUGAGCAAGUAAAGUGGGACAAGAGUUACCUUUACUAGUGUUUCAUUUUACCAUGACUAGCUCCCUCACUCCCAACCCCUCCACUUUCUUGAAGCUUUGCUCCUUUCAGGAGUCAGGUAUCAUUGCUUCUGGAGUCUUCUCAACAUGGGGAUAUGGCUACAGGGGGUAAAGCCCCAAGGGCACGAAUCUAAUCCAUGUCAGGGAUCUCUAGGCUCACAACAGAAUCUACUUGUUUUAGGGAGAGCCUGAAGGAGAUGGAUCUAGCAGUUCUGGUUGGCACGUAAACAGGUAUCUGACUACAAUUUUCUGAAAAAGCUUUAUGGUCUCAGAGCAAUAAAAUUAUAGUUAGGGGUCACAAAGUUACUCUCUGGGUGCCUACAAAGGGAUUCAUUUCUACUGGGCUGUGACAGCACAGAUAAAUUCCAGGUACUAUAGCUUACCUAUCCUUUUGCCUUACAGGAAUCAGGGAUUCACUUCUCAUUUACUAAGGAACUAGGGUAGAAAAGUUCUGUUACCAGUCUGACAGCAGCAACCACGCUUUGCUAGUUCUAAUUACUUUGCUAAAAUACAAUAUGUGCUAAACUUGAUUGAAAUUUUUUCUCAAUUUCUUUUUAUCUUUGGGUGGGUGACGAGCUUGGUGUAAUGGAAAGAACAUUGCAACCUCAGGGACAUCACUUAUUCUCCUGAGGCCUGAAAAUAAGGGGGUUGAAUUACAUCAUCUAAGGAUUUUGUAAUUAAAAUAUUUUCCUCUUGAAAAGUGGACCUGUUACAAGAAAGUUAUAGGACAUUUGGGGAGGUGGGGCAGCCAGGGCCAAGAACAGAGCUCUUGAGCAUUCAGUGAGCAUUCACUCUAUCGAUCUCUAGUUUGUUAGAGUCUUAGAUGUUGAUCUCCGCUGCUAAGAUAUCCUCUUCCUGGAAGCUUCAUGGUCCUGGAUAAAUCAUGCAUGCUCUCUGCUUAUGAAGGCACAGCUAAUUCCCUUGUGUUUUCUUUAAACUGGGGAAGAAGCCUCGAGGGUUGGCUCUUCUUCUGUGCCUGUUUGAGCACCAGCUUUUCGGCGCCCUCGUUCUUCAUUAGCUUCCAUGGACGCUGAGUGGGGUGGUAGUGUCUCAAUGUUGUGACCCUGCCUUUGUGGAAGGUUUGCUAUGACUGAAGUUGAAGGCAAGAAGACAGAUGUCACAAUGUAUUGUGUAGGGGUUAGAGUGGAUGACUUUUAAGGAAAUUCAUUCAAUAAGCAUUUAAAAAAACUUAAGUCCUUACCUUCUGUCUUAGAAUCAGUACUGAAUAUUGGUUCCAAGGCAGAAGAGUGGUACGGGCUAGGCAACUGGGGUUAAGCGACUUGGCGAGGAUCACACAGCUAAGAAAGAUCUGAGAUCAGAUUUGAACCCAGUAUUUUCUAUUUCCAAGACCGGCUCUCUAUCCACUGAGCUACCUAGCUGCUCCCACAAGCAGUUUAUUAUACACCUGCUAUGUGCCAGAUACUAUUUCUAAGCAUUGGAAAUACAAUGACAAAAAGCUUUUUUUCCCCCUCAAAAAAACUUGUAUUUAAAUGGGGAAGGGAGGAAAUAGGAAGACAUUAUACAAAAAAAUCAAAUAUAAAAUAAAAAUGAGUAUUUUUUUUGUCAGGGGAGGAAAUAAGCAAUUGAGGGGAUCAGGACUGAUCUUGUGUAGGAGAUAAUACUUGAGUUUAAGAAAGAAAUGAGGGAUUCUUCAAAGCAGAGAGGAGGAGGAGGAGGAGGAGGAGGGAUUUGCAUUCCAGGCGUGAAGAAAACUUGUAAAUCCAUGGAAAUAAAAGGGUUCCUUUGCAAGAUUCUACAGUUUUAUGAAUAAUGUGCAUGAGACAAAUUGUAUAUGUUGAUGUGAUUAAUAAUAUCUGCACUGCAAAUAGAAUUCUCAAUCUACUCAAAUUAUAUGUUCAAAUUAUAAAUCUGGGCAUGAUAAAACUCCACAAAUAUGUUUGGGGUCAUGUUUUGUAUCUGGUUAACAGGGCAACUCUCACACUUUCAGAUCUGAGAGUCCACAUGAACAAAACCAUCACUAACUAGUUCUUUCCCAUGUGUAGAUUCUGCUUAAUAAUUAUAGUCAAUGCCUGUUUUUUUCCUAAAAAAGUAUUGGAGCUCCCUAGGAUUGUUUUCUCCCUUUUUCUCCAUCUUUAUUCCAUUGUUCUAAAUCUGAAUUCUGCAAAUGACUGAAUCUAAAAUGUACCAAUGUACUAGGAUAUUCUUUUGGGAGCAGAGAAGAAUUAUGUUGUCAUUGCUUUCUUAAAAACAAAUCAGUUAAGUCUCUGAUGGGUGGGUGACUGUCAGAUUGUGUGCCAGACUAAGUUUUUAGGGCUUGCAGGUAUAUCCUUGAACCUAUCAGAGUAUCAUGGGUAUGAUAUUGCCAGGUCUGAAUUCUCAGUGCUGGGAGUAUAUUCUUCAGACUCCCAGAAUGCUAUACUUGCAAACUGUAUUGAGCACGAUGAUCACCAAAGAUGGCUGUUAGUUGAUAGAAAUGUAAAAGUCCCAUUGAAUUUUACUUGGGAUGUUGACCUGGCUGCCCUGCAUGUGGUUUCUUCUAAGCUCUUGGAAUGUUGACCUUAAUAUUGUACCUGUACCCUAAUUUCUAAUGGUUGCUGACUGACAUAUCCUAAAAUACAGCACCAAGUUUAGAGAAUAAAAGAAUAUUUUCUGAGUAUAAA